ACUGAUGCACCGUUGAGGGCUCCGUGACAAGCACGCAUCACGAUGUCCAGCAGCUGGCUUUUCACCGUCGCCGUAAGCGUCACGCUGGUAGCGUCGGCACUGUCUCAGUGCGUGACGUACGGCUACUGCGGCACGGACGAGGACUCCGGCAAGCCGCUGCCAUGCGCAGUCAAGCGUGAUCCGGUCCCCAUCGAGAGUGGCAUCCUCAAGCACGCGUGCCCGGCGCUCAUCGAUUCUUCCGGCAAGUCGGUGCCCGCCUGCUGCGACGCGAACCAGGUGGCGGCCUUCAAGUCUGAGCUAAAGAACCUCGUAACCCUCGGCGUUGGCAGGCGCAGCAAGUGUUUCCGCAACUUCCAAAACCUCGUCUGCCAGGCGUUCUGCUCACCCCAGCAGUCCCGAUUCGUCGCCAUCAAUGGCACCAGCAGCGAGGGAAGCAACCAGACCUCCGCCACGGAGUCUGUGUACGCCUUGAACAAGAAUUUCGCCGAAGAAGUGUACCGUGCCUGCAAGGACGUCCGCACCUGGGUCUUCGGCAUCAAGCUGAUGAAGUACAUGUGCGGAAAGUACGGCAACAGCGACUGCUCGGCCCAGCGCUUCCUCGACUUCGUGGGCUCCAUCAGCUCGGAGGGCGGCUACUCACCGCUCAAGAUCCACCAUGUUCUCACCAAAGACCCGAUUACAGUGGAUGGCCAGAAGCUGGAGCCUUUCAACCCCAAGAUCCUCUGAUUUCAUCAAAGCUCGUGCGGGGACGUAUACGACGGUUGGCGUAAUAAAUAAAGACUUGAAACAGCAGCAGCUGUAAA